GUUUAGAGGUUAUGUUUAUGUUGUUUCGGUAGUUUUCUCACAUGUUCCAUUCGUUCCAUAGCGAAGAAUGCUCGAUUUGUGAUAAAUGUAAACUGAGUGAUCGGAAAACGCAUGAAAAAUAAUAAAUCCAGCUAAAAGAACUUUUGCCUUGAUAAAAAUAGCUGCUAAUUACAAACAGUAAAAUGGAUAUUGUCAAGGAAGUCCUCGAAAAACAAAAGAAGGAUUUGGAAAAAUUCAAACCUGUAACUGUAGAAAAACACUUGGAAGUUGGGAUUGACAUCGGACACUUAAUGGUAACAGAUCCAAAUUACUUCGAUGAUGAUCAAUUUAGAGCUGACAAAGAGCAAUACCUUUUGAAUCUGACGCGGGACAAUACACAGCUGCUUAUUAACAAUAUUUGGGAGUUACCGACCGAGCGUGUAGAAGAGUCUGUCGUUGCUAAAAUUACACCUCCUCGAUUUGCGUUGCCUAGAGCCCGCAAACUGCCAGUACCCAAACCUUUAACGAAAUGGGAACAAAUUGCAAAGGCCAAGGGCAUCAAGAAGCGAACUCGAGAUAAAAAAGUGUAUGAUGAAGUACUGGAUAAGUGGGUUCCUACUUAUGGCUAUCAGCGAUAUAAGGCAGAAAAGGAAAAGGAUUGGGUUCUUGAGGUACCCCAAAAUGCGGACCCGAACAAGGAUAUGUUCCAGGAGAAGCGUGAUUUGAGAAUCGAACGGAUAGCUAAGAAUGAAAUUUCCCGGAUGAAAAAUAUUGCCCGAGCAAAAAAAAUUCAAACUCCUCGAACAGGAUUUUUGGGUCCUGAUUCUGCGUCUGCCAAAGAGCUUAUAACGGCGGCAAAUAUCGCGAAAGCAUCCACAGCAUCAGUUGGCGUUUUUCAGGAAAAACUCAGUAAUGAAAAACAAGCGCGUGGUAUUGGAGUGAAAGAAUUAAUACCAGGAAGUAAGAGAAAACGGGCAUCGGUUUCAUUACCACGAGAAAGAAAACGGAAUCUGGACAUUGUAAACAAAGUUCUCAACAAAAAACCUAAGAUAGAUGUAGAAAAGGCAGUUUCUCUCCAGAAAGCAGAAGCACGAGCCGAACGGGAAGCUUCGAUGGCCGAGGAGGGAGGUUCGAAAAAGAAAAGUAAAAAGGGUUCCAAAGGAAGCUUUGGCAGAAAGAAACCGAAAGGAGGACAAGGUAAGCGUAACCAUAGUAAGCGUGCUGUUGGACGGAAAAGGCGAUAAAUUAGCAUACAGGAUAAAUAGAUUGAUAAAACGUAAAGAAUA